UCCCGCUCUCACACUUUCCGCCCACUUGUUCCGCCCACUUGUUCUGCUCAUCUUUCUGCUCAUCUGCCCAAAACACUGCUUUCCCUCCAUCCGCCACUCCUCCUCCGCUGCUUCGCCUCCUGUCGACUGACUCUCCCUGCCAUAUCUGCUCAACGUCUCUUUCCUCCUCCACUCUCCCUCUCCACUUGCCGUCUCCACUUGCCGCCUGCCCGUCGGCCAUGGCAAAGUAUCCUCUUUCUCCACCAUGUCUGCUUUGGCUUCUCUGAUCCAUCUCCUCUCCGACCUCACAGAUCUUUCGUCUUCUCGCAUCUGCACCCUUCUCUCGAUCGAACACACCAUCGCCACUCGCCUUGGCCUCGGCUUCCUUCUAGCUCUCGCGAUCCUGCUCGCUCUCGAUCGCCUCGUUUGCUGGCUUGUUGUCCGUUUCCCCAGCUUCUCCGGCUUCCUCACCGCCCUGGCCAACAUGCGAUCAAAGACCUCGCUUACUCAGUACCCAAAGAUCGUGCAAGCCCACAAGAACGCCUCUGCCCCCAGCUCCAUCUCGGCGCCUGACCGCUAUCCGUCGCCUCCUUUGGUCUCAACCUCGCCGCGUCUGGAUCCAUAUCUCCCGCUGGUCCCGGACUCGGGCUCUGACUCGACCAUCGGUGAAGAUGAUGACCCCGGCUUCAAGGUCACCUGGACAGAGCUUUCCCUCCUUCUGGACUAUGGCCAUAUUCUGGUUGUCUCCGAGGGCCGCCAUGUCCGCAAUGUCUCUGGUUGGCUCCGGAAGCACCCAGAGAUGGCCGAGACCAUAUACAACGCCCUGGGAACCAACGUCACCAACGACUUCUUCUGGCUCAACAGCAAUCUCCAUGAUCAGAGCCAAAUCUCCCAGGCAUCAGCAUCUCUGGACCAGGCCGCAACCAUGCUUCUCCCUGUUCCUCCCCGCACUUCCUCGAAUCCCAACCAUACCGGUCUCUUCCGUUCAAAGUCGCCCUCGCUUCUCACCCCUUCGCCAAAGAGCACUUGCUCCUCUCCCGGCAUGAGCACCGGUACCUUGCCGAAAUCGAGCGACAGCAACUCGUCCGGCUCCUCUUCCACCGGCCACUUCACCCUCAGCUCCUCCAUCAUUCCCAAGCUCUCAAAGCUCCAGAACCAGCGCAUUCUGCAGGCUCGCAAGACCGACAUUGCAUCGUCUCCGCAGCUUCAGUCCCUACUCGAGUCAAGCCCAAAGUUUGCUUUGCUCUCGACCACCUUUGAGGCAGGCCAUCCAUUGUUUUCACCCGACGAGUUCCGCCGCUAUGCCCUCGUCGAUGUCAAGUCCGACAACAUCUUUUCGAUCCGGUAUACCAUCCUCCGGCUUCAGUUUGCGUUGCUGUACCCGCAGGACACCCGUAUCAACGAACCCACAGAGUUUCUGCCCGGCCAGUUCAUCGAGCUUGAGGUCUACCUCAAUGGCACAAAUGUGCGGCGGUACUACACUCCCAUCCGAGGCUCCAUGACCCAGUUCGAGAUCUUGGUCAAGCUCAAGCCCCAGGGUGUGCUUUCCAACUUUCUGAAGGUGCAGACUGCAGGUCUGCGCCAGUACAAGAUCCGAGGCCCGUUCGGUGUCCCCGUCGUCGACCCAAAGCUGCCGCUCGACUCGAAAAAGUCAUGGUCAAGCUCAAUUCCAUGGUGCCACGACCGAGUGGUCAUGUUUGUCGAGGAUACAGCGCUGUCCGUGGCGCUGCAGUUCCUCGAGUUUCUGUUCCUUCCCCUCAACGUCCCGAUCCAGACCCGCUGCUCGCAUCAGCCACAGCGCUCAGAUGAGCUCCAGAUCGACCUCAACGACUUGGUUCUUGUUCAUCAGUUUUACGAAGACGGCUGGGCCAAAGGAAAGAACCUGAGGACAAAGGCCGUUGGCCUGUUUCCCGUCACGAUCAUCAAACCCCGGUGUGGAACCGACACCAAACUUACCAUCAUCCACUCGGCCCAGUGCCUUGACGAUGUCUUUGGGGCCGAUACCCUCAAAGCCGGGCUCGCUGCUUUCCGGGAUCAAAUCAACAUCGUUCAUAUCUUUUCGGAUGUGUGCAGCUCCCAGGAAGAGUGCUGCAUCGUGAGUGACCACAGCCCGCGAUACUCGCAAGUCAACGAGCACGCCUUCCGCGCCCCUGGCCAGAUUCUCUACCAAACAGCGAUUGAUUCCAAGACUGUCGAGUCUGUGCUCCGCCACCCCUCGGUGGGAUGGUCCCUCCCGCUCCCGCACCAACUCAGCGAACCUUCUGUGAACGAGUAUAUCCGGCGGGUGGGAAAGAUGGGCGGCAUCUAUCGAGCCCGCAGCUUGGACACGGAUCACUCUGGGUUUGCCAGACAGGAGAACAGACGCUCAACCCAGCGACAGCGCUUGAUCAUCGGCGGAUCAAAACGCUUCUGCGAGCUGUUGAAUGGCAUUGUCAUGCGCAAGUCCAUGGUGGCAAGCGACGAAGUGCUCUGUGUCAUCUGCGACUGACACCCAAUACUGCCUCCGAGUCCCCAUCGACCUGCGCGCAGCAUCUAUAACCGGGUUGCGCUGGAGCAACCAACGAAUGGAAAUACUGCUGCAGCGACACCAUGUCAACUCUCUUCUCCCUCUCCUCUAGUGCUGAUAUCGCCGAUGAAUAUUGUGCAAUACGUGAACCUAUGUCUUUCACCAUACGCCCCAAGCAGCACUGCUGCCUCUGUCUUGUGGCCACUUUGGCCACCUCCUGCAUUUCAUCUCCAUGUGUCUGUGCCGUUUCAGUGCCCUUGCUAUGUCUCCAACGCCAUACGCUCGAAUAAAGCUCUUUCCCGGAAAGCCCA